AUGGUCGACGACAAGUUAUCUCUUAUGUUACUAGCGAAAGUCGACUUCUUACUGAAGAACUACUUUACACCGCCAAUAUCAACAUCGGCGUCUCUUCCAGCUCUUGAACAGUACAACUUUCAAAAUAAGGCUUGGGGACAGGUCCACUACCAGUCGUUUCUCUUUUCGAGCAGCACCCCAGUCUCAGGCGGGAAUUCGGCUCGCCGACCGCUGGAAAGGCCCUUGGAGCUCCCCGUUGACGAUGCCGAGCCAUACAAGGAUUAUCUACAGAUUCCAUCCUGUCGUGGCAGUGCUGACACCGUUCUCACCUGGCCCAUCUUCCGCGGCCUGUUUCGUGAGAGCGCCCUCAUCACCACUCUGUUUCAAUCAUCCCGCGAGGCCGAGAACUCUGCCAUCGAGACAUGGGUGGUGCCUGACGGGUUCCAUCCCACCAAUGAAGAGCGCAUUCCUUCCUUGGUCGAUCAGUUCAUCCAGAAUGUACACACCAAGAAUCCUAUCUUAAACCUGGAGGCUCUAGUUCGUUCGGGCCGCCAGGCUGCGGAAUUUGGACUCGGGUGGGACGCUCAGUCAUGCCUUGUUGCCGUAAGUUGUGCUCUCGGCUGUAUUUCACAGCCUUUUACGUCGUCAAUUAAAGUCCCAUUACAAAAAGGUCCAGCGGCAUGCCAAUCCAUCCCGAAGUCCACGUCUGCCUCGGGGUUGAAAGAAGGCGAGACCUUUUUUGUCAUGGCCUGCCGAAGGAUCGGCCUUUUGCGGUAUUCGGUUUUAGGCGCUCAGUGCCAUUUCUUUGCUGGGGUCUAUCUGAUGUACACCUUCCGCCCACUGGCCGCUUGGAACCACUUCUACCAAGCGUCAACUUUCUACCGUCUCCGGCUGAGGAUGAUCGAUGGGUUGAGAAUUGAUGACGACCUUUCGACAGAUGAACCAGUACAGCGAGGGACCUUUGUGUCCCGCCACAUGGAACAAAGCCUCUACUGGUCAUGUUUCAAAUCAGAAGUUGAGAUCCGCGUCGAAUUGCCAUUGCCACAGUCUGCGAUCGCCGAGUACGAAUACCCGGACUUGUUUCCGACCCCCCCGAACCUCUCAGAGGACUAUCCGGAAGGGGGAUCGCAGGGAACUGGGUGGUCGGCUCCCUGGAACUCUUCCAGAUUAGCAAAUGGGAGCCACUUAAACCAAGCCCAGACAUCGUUCGAAGUGCGAAACCACAUCCUGCAGCUAUUCGAUGAAGACCAAAGCUGGUACUACUACCUGACGGAAGUGGCACUGAGACGAAUUGGCAAUCGCGUACUAAACGCUUUUUACCGAAGGGGACCCUGCAUGUGGUCGAGUAUCAAACCUCUAAUUCCCCUGGCGUUGGAGUUCGAAUCCCAGAUAAAUGCAUGGUCCGCCAAUCUACCCCCGGCAAUGCGUUACUACGAGGAUAACGCAAGCCCCGGCCAAACGAGGAAUGGCUUUCCCGAUACGCAAGACUCUAUAUCUCUCGAGCUGAGCUGGGCAAUCGCAAAUCGUCUAUUAGAAAUUCGCCUGUGGUUAUACCAACCCUUCUUAUAUUUUGGCAUUCAUCAUCCCAUUGGUGCUGGCCACAGAGCUGGAGGGACUCAAAGCUCAUCCUUUACCAACGAGGAGUUGGCUACAAUUUCAGCGUUAGUCAAGUCUGGCUUGAACUGCACUGUGAAGAUCCUUGAAGCCAGGUGCCUUCGACAUCGCCAUCAUGGGAUUUGGUUUGACCUCAGAGCUCUGGUUACUAGCUCACUAAUUGUAAUUGCUGCGAUGCGAAGCGGCAAUCUCGACGUACCGGGGAUAGAUCGCCGGGUCGGACUAAAAGACCAUUUUGAUGGUACACUGGAAGCUCUCACAUAUUGGGAAGACGAAGCUCCAGACAUCAAGAAAGCACGUCGUGUGUUGGAAGACCUGCUCACAGAAGCAAGCUAA